GUCAUAUGUUUCCUGGUGCAGAGAUACCUUGAUUCCCUUGGGUGGGUCUCUUCGGGCCUCGAUGCACUACCUACAAGUCUGCAGCAACCAGAAGCCAGAAGCCAAGAUGUACCUUUUCUCACACCCGCACCCGAGCUUCCGCCCGCAGACAAGGAGAGGUACCUUUUCCCUUCCCUGCCCACCUCUUCUCAGCUCGCCGCAAGCAUGUGAUUGUCUGGCCUGGUCCGUCCAUUUGCCGACCGUGGCCGUGGACGUGGCCGUGGCCGUCGCGACUCGGUCCUUGAUUACAUUUUCCCCAGACUGCCUACAGUGAGUGGUACUCUGUACUACUGUACUCUGUGCCGGACCUUCUGACAUACCCCAGACCAAGACAAGACCUGGCUUACGUCUUUUAAACAUUCUUAUCCCCUCUUCCCCCCUUCAUCCCCGUCUCACCACUUGACUCUCUCUCUCUCUUUCUCUCUGUUCCUCUUCCAUCUUCAUCCAAACCACCGUCCGUAUACCCAUCCGACGAGUGUCUGCCACCCAUCCAUCCAUCGAUCCCUGUCGGAUUGUGCAAACAGCGGACAGAUAAACAGACAAAGAGACAGACACUCGCCCACCAUGUCCAAGACCUUCUCGACCAGCGACGUUGCGUCGCACAACAAGCCCGAGGACUUGUACAUCAUCGUUGAUGGCGACGUCUACGACCUCACAAAGUUCCAGGAUGACCACCCUGGUGGUAAGAAGAUCCUCCAGCGUGUCGCCGGCAAGGACGCCUCGAAGCAGUUCUGGAAGUACCACAACGAGGGCAUCCUGAAGAAGUACAAGACCAAGCUGCUUGUUGGCUCCCUCGACAGCAAGCCCAAGGCCGCCGAGCCCGCACCCGCCGCCGCCCCCGCGCCCAAGAAGGCCGCUCCCAAGAGGGCCCCCGAGAGCAGCAACACCGAGUCGGAGCCCAUGGACCCCUUUGGCGAUCUGGUCCCCUACGCCGACCCCAACUGGUACCAGGCCUACCACACCCCCUACUUCAACGAGACGCACGCUGCCCUCCGCGCCGAGAUCCGCGAGUGGGUCGAGACCAACGUCGAGCCUUUUGUCGGCGAGUGGGAUGAGAAGAAGGAGGUCGACCCCUCCAUCUACAAGCAGAUGGGUGAGCGCGGCUACCUGGCCGGCCUGCUCGGCGUCCACUACCCGACCCAGUACACCAAGAGGACGGUCGCUUCGGUCGACCCCAAGGACUGGGACCUCUUCCACGAGAUGCUGCUGACGGACGAGCUGUCGCGCGCCGCCUCGGGCGGUUUCGUCUGGAACGUUAUUGGCGGCUUCGGCAUCGGCUGCCCGCCUCUCGUCAAGUUCGGCCAGAAGGCCCUCGUCGAGCGUAUCCUGCCCGGCAUCCUCGAUGGCGACAAGCGCAUCUGCCUGGCCAUCACCGAGCCCGACGCCGGCUCCGACGUCGCCAACCUGACGUGCGAGGCCAAGCUCAGCGAGGACGGCAAGCACUUCAUCGUCAACGGCGAGAAGAAGUGGAUCACCAACGGCAUCUGGUGCGACUACUUCACCACUGCCGUCCGCACCGGCGGCCCCGGCAUGAACGGCGUUAGUCUGCUGCUCAUCGAGAGAGGGCCCGGCGUCACCACGAGACGCAUGGACUGCCAGGGCGUGUGGUCCAGCGGCACCACCUACAUCACCUUUGAGGAUGUCAAAGUUCCCGUCGAGAACCUGCUCGGCAAGAAGAACCAGGGUUUCAGAGUCAUCAUGACCAACUUCAACCACGAGCGUAUCGGCAUCAUCAUCCAGUGCCUCCGCUUCUCCCGCGUCUGCUAUGAGGAGUCGGUCAAGUACGCUAACAAGCGCCGCACCUUUGGUAAGAAGCUCAUCGAGCACCCCGUCAUCCGCCUCAAGCUCGCCCACAUGGCCCGCCAGAUUGAGGCGUCGUACGCGUGGCUCGAGAACCUCAUCUACCAGUGCGAGAAGAUGGCCGAGACCGAGGCCAUGCUCAAGCUCGGCGGCGCCAUUGCCAGUCUCAAGGCCCAGAGCACCGUCACCUUUGAGUUCUGCGCCCGCGAGGCCUCGCAGAUCUUUGGCGGCCUGUCGUACUCGCGCGGUGGCCAGGGCGGCAAGGUCGAGAGGCUGUACCGCGACGUGCGCGCCUACGCCAUCCCCGGCGGCAGUGAGGAGAUCAUGCUCGACCUCAGCAUCCGGCAGAGCAUGCGCGUGCACAAGGCGCUGGGUAUGAAGCUGUAAGCCUUGAUUCGACGAAGAUGACGACGGAGGCGAGGAAGGGGAGAAGGCGGCGGGCAGCAGGGGCGAGGACCAGAGACUAUCACAUCAUGCCAUGUACGAAUAGACCAGCUUGGACAUGUUUUUCUUUGUCGGGGCGUUUUGCAUGGGGGCAAAACCAGGAUCGGAGUCCAGAUGAACACGGGCUCAUUCAUCAUAUCAAAUCUCUUCACAUCUACACUGCC